UACGACACGCGCUUCUCUGAGAAUAGUGGAUUUAAACCCAAACUGCAAUAUGGGAGCAGCAGAAAAAAAACAGACGUUAAAUGGUAAAAAGGUUUCCAAACCAAUAAUGGAAAAGAAAAGACGAGACAGAAUUAACGAAUGUCUACAGCAACUGAAACACCUCCUGGAAAGCUCUUAUACUAAUAAUAUCCGAAAACGUAAACUCGAGAAAGCUGAUAUUCUGGAAUUAACAGUGAAACACCUAAGGGAUCUCCAGAACUCCCAACAAGGUUCCACGGGGAACAAUGGGAAAUGUACCGAGUACCAGGCCGGGUUCAGAAAUUGCUUGAAUGGCGUAAGCAAGUACCUUUUGACGUCAGACAAUUCCAGCGGGAGCGUCCGAUUACUGAACCACCUGACAAACAACGUCCCGGACGCUUGCGGAAUCCCUCGCAGCUUCAGCACCUUGGACAGCGGCGCCGCGCAGCACGUCACCGCACCACGCUCAGCGUCGAACUUCCUGCAGCAACAACACUCCAAGCCAGCUGCAAACCCAUUCGCUACGUUUUGCAAACCUCACACUGUCGAAUUGCCCUGUACCUCCGACAAAGCUAUCUCCAGUACAAGUGUAUCAAACGAAACCAUAUUCGUAGCACAGAAUCCCAAGCAAAGGGAACAGGCCGGGAACUUUCCUCGCGUUUCAGGACAGUCUAAGCAAAAUAAUGCCACGUAUAAUGUUUGCUCUGCCCCUUUGAAUUUUUGGCGACCCUGGUGAAAUGUAUACUCAGUAUAUUUCUUGUAUGAUCAUUAUCUGUAGCGUGCCUCGUGUAACUAAUGUUUAAAGGUGGCGAUUUUUGCAUUGAAUAUUGUUGUAUAUUUUGUAUGAUA